CUCGGCACCCGGAACGAAGAAGACGACAUGCCGCUCCAGCAAGUUGCCGACCCAAGCGGCCCCGAAUGUUACGACCUUCGCUUGCCGCCGGAGUUCUUUUCCUGCGAAACUCGUGUUGCAAGAAGUGCAAAAACGAACAACAAGGAAGGCUGGACCGCACCAGUGCGGUUGAUCAGCACACCAUUCGUAAAAUUCAUUGCCGACCGGAUCAGCCAAGCGUUGCAGGGCGACGGCCUGCAACAGCAGAAGCAACUGCCGGGUGAAAGAGAAUUUGAUCAGAUUGUUGCUCCCCGGUACGUCGGCAUGGAGAUCUGGCUCUGGAUCAAAGAGUUCGUGGAAGAUAGCUCAG